UUUGACAUGCCGAGUUGGUAUUAUGAAAAGGGCGACUUAGCCAAGACACCCUCAAUAAAAAAUGGACUCAAUCUGCUGCAAGAAAGGACCUUUCGCAAGGAGGGUGCCAGUUACAUCAUGGAACUCGGAAAUUACCUGCAACUUCAUUAUGUCACUUGUGCUACUGCGUGCACAUAUUUUCACCGAUUUUACAUGUUUCAUUCGUUCAGCGAGUACCCGAGAUACCUUACUGCGACUGCCUGUCUGUUUUUGGCAGGGAAAGUUGAAGAAACGCCUAAGAAGUGGAAGGUAGUUUGGAAAGCAGCCACGGAGAUUUUGAAGCAAGAUCAAAUGGUCGGAUUUGAAGGUUUUGAUCACAAAUUGCUCACUUAUGAACGAAUUCUGCUGCAAGCUAUUCAAUUUGAUUUAAUCGUGGAGCAUCCGCACCAAUAUAUAACCAAGUACGCCAAAACGUUAAAGGGGUCCAAAGAAAAGGUUGAAAAGUUGGUUCAAAUUGCGUGGAAUUUUGCAAACGACAGUCUAAGAACAACCUUGUGCUUAGAGUGGGAACCUCCAAUAAUAGCCAUUGCAUUUUUGCAGCUAGCAGGAAAAUUUAAUAAUGUAGAUUUAAACGCCAUGCAAGGUGUAAGCGAUCGCAGAAACUGGUGGUUUAAUAUUUUUGACGACCUCAGUGUAGAUUUAUUAGAUGACAUUUGUCAUCAAGUAUUGGAUCUGUACAAUGACAGUAAGUCUGGAAGUAAAUUAAAGCAAGACGUGAAGAAGAAACGACAUUCAAGUAAAAUUUCGACUCCUACUUCCCAAACAGGAGUAAAAUCAGCGCCUCAAAAUGGCCGAGAAAAAUCAGCUGAAGAUCCUUUGAGAAAGAAAAGCCGCCACUCAAAGACUUCUGCUGCAAAAUCGUCAGCGUCGACCCCGCAAGGCAAGCAAACCGUUUCAAAUCACGGCAUAACUCCCAAAGUUGAAUCACAGACACCAGUUCAAGUUACACCCCAAACUGUUGCAGCUCAGCCAACAGUUUAUUUUGCUGCAACGCCAGCAUCGUCGUCCAAUAGUCAGACAGUUAUCGUUUACUGUCAACCAGGGUCUUCUGGAUACCAACUUCCCACUGGAACAAAUUCCGUUUUCACCAUGCCCAAAAUGCCAACAGGAAAUGAAGUAGCUAAAACGGAACCAGGAACAUCAAUAAGUUACAAUAACCAACAAGUCAUGAACGGGUUCCAGCCGAAUGUUUUCUAUCCAAUGUCUUCUAAUUUACAGAUGCCCCAACCUCCUCAAGCGCCGUCUAGUGUAGCUAAUAAUCAAAUAUCAACGAAUUCGCCAGGAUACGCCCAUGGCUCAAAUGGGAUCAAUCCCUCUGCAGUGCAACAACCAUCAUUCCCUCAUCAACAGAUACCUUUCACUCAAGUUCCACAGUCUACUAUGAGUUCACAGAGCUCAAUGAUGAUGCCUCAAAUGAAUCAUUUCAACCUUAAGCCAAACCGCUACCCCCCAAAUCAUACACAGGCACAACAUCAUCAAAUGGGAUCCAACUCACCUUACACGGUACCUGUACCUACCCAAAACAACCAUCUUAAUGGAUCCAUUUCCAGCGCGCCUCCCAGCUCGUCAAUUACAGGCUCGCCCAAUCAACCCCCGUUUUCAAGAAGUAGCAGCCAGUUGUAUCAAAAUACGGCAACACCAACGGGAUCUUCAGAAAAGCUCUCAGUGAACCCUUAUCAACCUAGUGUGCACCCGAGUAGCCAUAGCAAUGAAAGUGGCGGAAGGUACAUGAAUAACAAUAAUUAUCACCACUCUUCAAACCACUCCAGGGACUCCUCGGGAUCUCAUCAUUCGGGGUCCCAUGGACACCCAAGGAAUGGGUCUAAACACUCGGCUGACAGCCAUAGUUAUCAUCACCAGAGUUGGAGCAGCAGUAGAUCCCACGCUACCUCUACCCAUUCAGCCGAUAGAUGGCAUAAGUGAAACUGAACUGCUUUUUAUUUUUACUGUCCGUGGAGUUGAUUCAAAAAUUACUCACAACUCGCAGUUUCAGGGUGUCUUGCAAUUUUCAGGUUUACUUUUCUAAAUGCACAUUUAUCUCGUAAAUGUUAGUAUAGCGAUUGUCACUUAGAUAGUGCUGAGCACACUUUUAAAGCAAUGAGCGUAAAAGAAAGCAAAAAAAAUGUGACUGAAUUUUGCAAUGACACUCAAAAAUGGUGCUUUUUUGGUUGAGUUUUGUUGUUUUGAGUUCAAAUUUCAGACUCUUAAUGCAAUCGGAUUUAGUAGCCGAAGUCGUAUGUAUGGUAAAUAAACUCUGAUCAGAUCGUGUAAACAAUUUAAU